AUGGUCGCAGGAGGCGGAGGUGGUGGUGGGUGCUACACAGAGAGCGGUAAUGGUGGCCACGCCGGUCUGAACGGUACAAAUGGCAAUAAUAACCGAAAAAAUACGGUUUUCGGAGGUCAAGGUGGUACCCAAACCUCCGGAAAUGCCUUUCUAGAUGGCGGCAAAGGUGGUAACGGUGAUGAAGGAGGUGGCUGUGGAGGAGGUGGCUAUUACGGCGGAAAAGGCGGUGAAGCUGGAUUUAUUCAACGCAAUCAAAGCCUAGGAAGCGCAGCUGGUGGCGGUGGAGGUAGCUCUUACGCAAGCGGAUCAACAUCCUGCGUCAGCUACAAUUACGACGGAACUAUAAACAAUACUAAUCGCCAUCCUUCGGGCAUUUUCUUCACCAAUAUCCAAUUCAUUAGCGGAGAUCAGAGCAUGCCAAUUCCCCUUGAUGAAGCAGACGAUUUAUUUUCUGGAAACGGAGCUGCUCGUAUUAUUCGACUCGAUUUCAUUGAUAUGUGUAAGACUAUCGUGUGUUCAAAUAAUAUAUACCUGAAAUACAUAUUGACCACAUCAAUGUACUUGAGUUUGACUUGA